AUUAUUUUUAUCGGAAUUGGGCUGAGUCGUAAUCUUUUUCCACAAGAAGCCCAAGCAAUGCAUGGAAAACGAUUGGGAAUCGAAAGAAAGUGACAAACACUGACACACAGCUGGAUGUCACUGGCUUAUUUUUUCUUCGAAUUCAAGGAAGAAGAAUAAUUGCCCUUAGUAUUUAAGGUUUUAAGAAUAUCCUGGCAUAGAAAAUGGCCUUAUCCGUGGUUACAUUUAAUAUUGGUGGUGAUGGUACAAGAAAGCAGAAAAAGAGAAUGAUUAACAAGUUUUUCAGCGAUCAUCUGCCUUCUUUUAUUUAUUUCCAAGAAAAUCCAUGGCGUAAACGCUACAUAAGGAACCACGUUCCAAAGAUUAGGGAAAGAUAUGAAGCUGUUUCCCAUGAGCAAUUUGAUGCUACUGUUCUUUAUCGUAAGGAUGUAUUGAAAGACAAAGGCUCUGCAAAAUUGCGGGAGUUAUUCCAAGACGCUUUCAACGAUAAAUCUCAUCUGGAUUUCGUGACAUUUAAAGAGCGAGCAAGCUUCUCUAAGCUCACAGAAACCAAAACAGGCACGAGCUUCGUGGCGAUAUCUUGGCACGGAGAAUACACCGGCCUUUCAGAACAGGAAAAGAAGGAAAAAUUUGAGGACCUUUUACUGGUAAUAAAAGAAAUAAAUUCCAAAACCAAACUUCCAGUGGUACUUGGUGGAGAUUUUAACAUCACUCUUGACAGCGUAUCGGAUUCUAUUGAAGAACAAGGUCUCGAAGUUUAUCAAUACGACCUUCAAAACCGGGAUAGAGUCAUCGACUUCUUUGUGGUAACGCGUGAUGUAAACCUCCCAGGUGUAAGUGCUUUUGGUGACUAUAUGUACACGAAAACAGAAGACCAGACCAUUGAAAAUGAAGACCAGACCAGCGAAAGUGAAGACCAGACCAUUGAAAAUGAAGACCAGACUAGCAGAAGUGAAGACCAGACUAGCAGAAGUGAAGACCAGACCAGCGAAAGUGAAGAAGAACGAAAACAGGUUUUUGAUCAUGAUCCUGUUCAAGCAUUGGUAUCCUUUGAUUUUGACAAGGAAGAUGAAGACCAGACCAGUGUUAGAGAAGGCGAAUACACAUUCGAUGGCGAUUCGGAUGGAGUUGACUAUUAUUUUAAAAACAUUUCAUUUAAAUGAUAAAAAAGAGCAAUAAAAAAGAGAAAGAUUUGUUGGUUAACUUAACUUGAUCGGUAUCAUCGCAGCUGCAGUUGGGAAUAAUUUGAAACAUUUUUAUGAUAAUAAUCUUUAAUAAGGAUACCAACUUCACCUUACGGUGAUUUACAGAAGGGUCCUUAAAUAAACUAAAUAAAAUGUACUAAUUAUAAAUAUAUUAUAUAAAGAAAAUAAAGAAAAUAUUUAGACUCUAGGAAUUUACUAAUUUACUAAAAUACAAUUGAUAUUAAAAAUUAAAUAAAAACCCUCCCCAUUUAAAAACGUUAUAUAAGUUAAUUAGUUAAAACAAUUUUAGAAAUUCGAUUCUUAAAAAGUUUUAAAUUUACUGCAUUGCGUAUUGUUAAACUAAUACUGUUCCAGACUGAGGCGGCAAAGUUAAUAGUUGUCCAUUGGCCCCACCUAGUUUGUGCUCGAGAGGCACGAAUAUUAUUCUUAUUUCUUGUGUUGUAACUAUGAAAGUCCCUGUUCAAAUGAAACUCAAAAUCAUGCUCUAAUAAAUUGUUAUGACAUUUGUACAUAAAAAUAGCACGAUGCUCGGCCCUUCUUUGUGCAAGUUUCUUCCAACUAAGUUUUUCUAAAGCUUCUCUAGCAGAAGCUCGAUAAGGCAAAUCUAACACAAUUCGUGCUGCAUUAUUAUGAAGCACCUGCAGCUCGGACAUAAGCGUUAUAUUUCCUCUAUCCCCCCACACUAUGUCAGCAUAUUCAAAAAGAGGCAAUACAAAACUGUUGAAAAAGGUUAUACUAGCAUUUAGAGGUAAAAAAAUUCUUGAUUCGCCUUAAAAGGCCUAACUUCUUAUUAAUCUUAUUCUUAAUAUACUCAAUAUGAUCAUCCCAUGACAGAUUCUUAUUGAUUACAAUACCUAAGUAAUUGAAGGACUCGACUGCAUCUAAUGAUUGACCAYUAAAAGAUAUAUCAAUUCCAUUAACGUUACUUAGGAGCUUUUUAGUACUACC